AGAGUCGCGGGCAACAGCUAGUUCUUCUAUAUAUAGGCGAAAUAACUUGCCAGUUUUCAUAGAAUAUGUUAAAUUUUAACAAAUGUGUUUUUAAAUGUUUAAAAAUUUAUUUCCCUUUAUAUUCUAAUGAAAAUGUAUGAGAUAAAUCGAAAACUUUUACUUUCGUUAAUAUUUUUAACUUUUAUCACAAACUGCACUCCAAGUAAACCUAUAAUUAUAACAACUUGGUCUUUCGUCAAUGCUACAGUUGCUGCUUGGGAAGUAUUAAAGGAUGGUGGUAUUGCUCUUGAUGCCAUACAAAAAGGUGCUUCAGUUUGUGAGGAACAACAAUGCGAUGGUACUGUGGGCUAUGGGGGAAGUCCAGAUGAAGAUGGUGAGACUACUUUGGAUGCCCUUUUAAUGGAUGGGAGGACAAUGAAUGUGGGUGCUGUAGGUGCAUUGCGCAGGAUAAAGAAUGCAUCUGGUGUUGCUCGACAUGUUUUGGAAAAUACAAAACAUUCAAUAUUGGUUGGAAGUCUAGCUACACAGUUUGCUGUGCAAAUGGGUUUCCAUGAGGAAUCAUUAACUACUCCUGAAUCAAAAAAACUUUGGUCUACAUGGGCUAAUGAAAAUAACUGCCAACCAAACUUUUGGAUGAAUGUAAAACCAAAUCCUAACAUGUACUGUGGCCCAUAUCAUAAUCACAUGUCUAAAGAAAGAAUACGGCUUAUGGAAGUGGAUAGGUAUAAUCAUGACACAAUUGGCAUGGUGGCAAUAGAUAAGAAUGGAGAUAUAGCUGCUGGAACAUCAACAAAUGGAGCUAAAUUCAAAAUACCUGGGAGAGUUGGUGAUUCACCCAUACCAGGAUCUGGUGCUUAUGCCGAUAAUGAAGUAGGUGCUGCUACAGCUACAGGAGAUGGGGACAUUAUGUUAAGAUUUUUACCCAGUUUUCUAGCUGUGGAAGAAAUGCGUCGUGGAUCAUCACCAACAGAUGCCGCACAGACUGCAAUAAAGAGGAUUGAAAAACAUUAUCCUCAAUUUAUGGGAGCUGUAAUUGCUUUGAAUAAAGAUGGGGAAUAUGGGGCAGCAUGUCAUGGUCUGCAAGGUUCACCAUUUCCUUUUGUUGUAUAUGAUAAUUCCCAUGACAAGUAUAAAAUUCAUACUGUGAACUGUGUUUAAAUAUAUUA